AUGCAUUCCUGGCGUCAGAGAAAUGCUGUUAACAACAGGAACAAGGUGUGGGAUAUUCGAAUUGUCCCCUACAUCGUGGAGGAGUCCUUCCCUGACUACGUGAAAAUAUCUAUCCAGGCGGCCAUGGACCAGUUCCAUCAACUCACUUGUGUGCGGUUUAAACCACGAGCCAGUGAAUCUGACUACAUACACAUUAGACAGCUUUCAGGGUGUUUCAGUGAGGUUGGCAAAAGAGGGGGUACCCAGAAUGUCUCCCUCACAGAGGGGUGUUUUCAGCCAGGCACGAUCAUGCACGAGCUGAUGCACGCGCUGGGGUUCUGGCACGAGCAGAGUCGCUCAGACAGGGAUGAUUACAUUUCAGUAUUAUGGGAUAAUAUACAAAUAGAGCACAAACAGAACUUCGAAAAAGUCAACCCCGAACAGGUUAAUACUUUGGGUGCGCCCUAUGAUUUCGGCUCCAUUCUGCACUAUAAAAUCAACACAUUUGCUAUAGACCCUUCAAUGCCAACGCUGUUCCCCAAAGUGAACGUGACGGAGGCCGUUAGGUCCAUGGGACAGAGGGAAAAACUCAGCCAAGUAGACAUCUACAAAAUUAACUCCCUGUAUAACUGCAGUAUUCGGAGCUGCGGUGAUCCCGGUAUUCCAGUUAACGGCGGCUGGGACGGGGACGACUUCACCGUCGGUUCUAACGUCACAUAUUCCUGCUCCCCUGGUUACCUCCUCGUGGGCAGCCGCGUGCGCUGGUGCACAUACACCGGAAUCUGGUCAGGCAAAGUGCCGGAAUGUAUACUCGCUCUCAAUACCAUCUCGUACUGUAAUUUUGAGACUCCGGACCUCUGCGGCUGGCAGCAAAACACAGCAGACGACCAACAAAACUUUACAUAUCAACAGGGGGCGACACCGAGCGCCAACACAGGCCCGGACUUUGACCAUACUCUGCAGACAUCAGAAGGUCACUACCUGUACUUGGAGGCAUCCGAGCCGUCCGCACGUGGUCAUCGAGCCAGACUGACCUCGCCACUGGUUCACAAGCCGCUGGGCGCCCAGGACAUUUGUCUUAGGUUUGCGUAUUCCAUGUACGGAAGCGAGGCUGGGGAAGUGAUCACGUACAUGAUAGAGGGCGCCAGCAACGAAACACUACAGACCAUAACUGGAGACCAGGGUCCAGGCUGGAAAACGACUAUUAUACGCUUAAAACCACGGGAAACGUUCAAGAUUGUCCUCGAAGCUGUUCGGGGUAUGAGCUUUAAAAGUGAUAUCGCCAUAGACGAUGUGUUAUUGACCAGCUGUAUCAAUAUCGAAAGCGAAACCGAUGUUCUAAAGCAGCUGUUCUUCCCGAAAACAUUGACUGGAAACAAAGGCAAAUAUAACGCUGGUAUAAUACUACAAACGAUCCACACUUGUGACUUCAAUAAGGACAUGUGUGGCUGGACCCAAGCAGCAGACGACACAUUUGACUGGACGCUGAUCCGGGGAACUACGGGGUCUUCAGCAACAGGUCCACAGUGUGACAGGAGAGAUUGCAAGAAAGGCCAAUACAUCUAUAUCGAAACCUCCAGUCCUCGUGUCCGUGGAGACACUGCUCAGGUUGCCUCGCCGUACUUUGAAGGAACCAGCAAAAAGUGUUUCAGCUUUUACUACAACAUGUAUGGAGAUGGCAUGGGCUCCUUGAACCUGAUUUUACAAGAAUUCGGCAGGAAACCGAGAAUCGCCUGGUCAAAGAAAGGUGACCAAGGUCAAGGUUGGAAGAAGGCUAACUUACAACUCACGCCCGCUAAAGUGUUUCAGUUGGUGUUUGAAGGAGUCCGCGGCGAUAGUUACCGAGGAGAUAUUGCAGUUGAUGACGUCACCCUCUCCGACGGAGACUGUUCAGACUCCACGAAUCAAGCAAAGGCCACUCAGACCAAGGUGGACUGCGAUUUCGAGACUGACUUCUGCAGUUGGAUUCAGGCUUCCCAGAAUACUGUGGACUGGAGCAGGACGCGCGGCGCGUUGACAGGAAUUAAAUAUGGCGGUCCAAUGGUUGACAAGACUACGGGGAAAGGCUAUUAUGCUUACGUUAACACAUAUGGGAUGAAACCGAGCACCUUGGCAAGAAUAUCCUCUCCACUGCUGCCUGUGAACCAGACCGAUUUCUGCUUUCAUUUCUGGUACUAUACGGACGGCGCAAAUGUUGGUACCCUGAGUGUGCAGGUGAAUACUAAUACCAGUCCGGACACCACGCUGUGGAAGACCAAGGGAACAUCAUCGACCAACUGGCGGGAGGCAGGGGUUCAGUUGACGAGCAAGGAACCCUUUAGGAUAAGUUUGUCAGUGGAAAUCGGCAAGGCAGGAAAGGGCGUGGUUGCUGUGGAUGACGUCACUCUAGUGCAGGGUCAAUGUGCGAUAAUGAUUGGAUAGUUAAGGUUUUUCUAUAUAUAUAUAUAUAUAUAUAUAUAUAUAUUAAAUACGGUAGCUUUAUAUGCUUUUUUUACGGCUCAACCUGGGAUAUGUGAUUAAUAUAAUUUAGACCUUGCACCGAGGCACAGUGCUUAACAACACUGAGGAGAAAAUGAGUUUAUAUGACAGACGUCCUGUAACAUUACUUACUAACUCAAUCUGGAGCCUUAGAUACCUCUUAAGUAAUUUGAUAAGGGGGAAUGUAAAUCCCUGGAAGUAGUUUAUUCCAAUGUUACCAUAUGGAAAAUAGCGGCCAUCUUGGAAUUUCUCCAAAAGCACAUGGAAACUCGCUUUUUACCCAGCAGAUAUAUAUAAUGGGAAUAAUAAGAAUGUGGAAAACCUUGAAAAAAUUACUUCAUUUCAUUUGAUAUUGGACAUUGCGACUUUCUGUUAAUAGUAAAAGCCUACAUGUAUGUUUUAAUGCAAGUAGCGGGGCCAUGAUGAAUUUUUCUCAAAAUACCCAGGUUACGCACUGUUGGGCUCUUGUUACCCACCAUUACCCACGUAACGAAAGGUGAAGCUUAGUGUUAUUACGGUGUUUUUGAAUAAGAAGAUUACUUUUCUGGAUUAAAAUACAUGUGGGUGGGUGCUAACAACUUUCUUGACACCCAAAACUUCCUUCAUUCAUGUGUAAGCCUUUGAGCCUGCUAUGUUUGCAUUUUUGAAAAUUGUCCAACUUUUUCAGAUGAAAAUUUGAAAUAAUAAUAACCUUAAUCCAA